ACAGGACAGCUUCAAAGUUCGAGUUUGCGUGAAUUCCUUGUCACAGGCACCACCAUUGAACACAAAUUUAGAUGGGCCUCGCCACAGCUGACUCUAGGCCUCACGAUUGUUUUUGAGUGAGAUGUAGCUAAGCGUGAGCGUUCCUUUGGUGGCACACCUGGAUUUGCUUUAUGAAGUGUUUGAGGGGUGACAAUUUGACAGGAUGUGCCUAAAUGGCGAAGGCGAAGAGGUCCAUGCGAACGAAAAAUAAUCGUAUUCAAAAGCUCAAUAGAGCUGAGACAAGGUUUUCCCCGAUUAGACAGCAAGAAUGGCUCCCCACGACAAAGAGAAUCCCACUUACACAAAUUGGGCUUUGCUCACCUUGAGUGGGAACACUACAGUUCUAAGACUCCAUCAAAAAGACUUCAACUACCAGCUACAACGCAACUUUAAUACGUUAACUGAUUCAUCAUCUUUACGCCUUACCAUUAGUUCGAUAACUUACACGCCAACAAUUCUUGUCAACGCUACACUGAAUGGUUCUCAAGAAAAGCAGGGCGACCUCAUAUCACUAUUAACUGAAUUUGCAAGGGAAAACAAGACUCUAGUCACCUUCAGCGAAGAUCGAUUUCAAGUGGUUGAUGUUUUGCCUUCGAGUGGCAUUAUGGCCCCGAAGCUAAUGUUUCCCUCUCCUUCCUUGGUGAGCACAAUAAUCUACGCCGGAGUUUGGGCUCUAUUGGUGCUGUUUCUUUUUGUUUGCUCGAUGACAUUGGUUUGGCAUUAUUUCAUCACCAAAAGAACAACAGGGACAUCCUCCAAGACUAAUAGUUCUAACGCAAUGUUAGAGCAACCUGAAAAUUAUGCUCCAUUUCAUCAACCAAUCUACCAAUUCGAACCAAGUCCGACAAGAUACUAUCAUGGUUUCACAACGGGUCUCCAUCAAAAUCUACAUCCUGAGGACGCUUUCAAUUUGAACACCCAUGUUGAUGCACCUCUGGCUUUAUUGGAAGAGGAAGAUGGUUUAAACUCCUAUGAAAAGUUAAAACAGGCGGAGCGGAAAGAAUCGCCAAGAAAUUCAAUGAAAACAAAACCUGAUAAGAUUAGGCUCCUUAAUUUCCAUCGCCAUAGCGGAGGUGGCUUCUUACCAAUGCACUCUGUAUUUGGAGCAACCAGUUCGGACUAUACAUCGUCAUCAACGCAAGCACAAACAAAUGCUAAACAAUGGGAGGAUCUAAAUCCUUUGUCAAAUCAGCUUGAACUUACCCAAGAGCAAAUUUACAAAGACAUUGAACCAAUUUUGAAAAACUUGGGUCUAUCAGUAGCGCCCUCCAGGUGGUGAAAAGGAACUUGAAAUGUUACACAAUAUAUCGAAGUUGAUGAUUUAUUUCUUGGUUGGGUGGUAAUGCAGGUAAUAAUGGUAAUUAUACCUCAAGUGUGAAAAAUGAAUUAUUAGUUAUUAUGAUUUUGUCACAGAAAACAAAGUUAAUGAAUGCGGCAAUGUGCCUUCAGUCCAUGAGA